GUGAAGUGCAAAGUCUGUUGGAGAAACAAGAACCAGAAUGGAAAAAAAAAAGAUGAAGCCAGUUUUCUGAGCACGCAAAAAUAAAAACUAGGUUGUGAUGUAAAAUACUAUGCACAUCAACUGAAGAAGUGAUAAAAAGACCUUGAGAUGGAGAACGAAGAUGGUUACGCAGAACUGAAUUUCAAAGCAAGGAAGAAAAACUCCAAUGCAGAAUUUUCCUCUGAUUCUUCAGCCUUGCGGUAUCUUGCUGCACUCUCAGGAUUUCUGAAUCUUGUAUUUCUGGGAGCUGUGAUUGCAUUAUUUCAGCAAUGUGACUUGCUAUCAAGUGAUGUGUGGAAGCCCAGAGAAAAUAUUUCUGAAAGUGGCAAUAUCUCAGGGGAAGAUCUCCAUGAAAACAACUUAUUGACUGCAUUAAAGGAGAGUUUAUGCAUGAAUACAAAUGACUCCAGAUGUGAACUCUGCCCCAUUGGUUGGAAGCUGCAUUAUGGGAGAUGUUAUUACUACUCAGAAAAAAGUGACACCUGGGAGAAUAGUAGAAGGUAUUGCUUAGGAAGAAAAUCUGAGCUCCUGAUUAUAGAAAAUGAGACUGAAAUGGAUUUCUUAAAUAAACUGAAGGAUAAAGACAUUGGCUUUGUUUGGACUGGAUUAAGUUUCAAUGAGGAUGAAGGAAAAUGGGUAUGGCUCAAUGAUCCCAAACAUCUAGGGCACAGUUUUACAAUAAAAGGAAGGAAGAAAGAAGAAAAAUGUGCUGCCUAUAAGCUGACAGAAAUGCAUGCUGAUAACUGCCACUCCCUAUACAAGUGGAUUUGCAGGAAGAGUGCAGUGUUUCUGCGGGUCUAAGACAUUUUAAAGUGAAAGAGAACUUUCUGAAGAAGAGCGAACAGUCAUUUCCUAUGGAUAUAAUCAGAAUAUUAUGUGGAUAUCAAUUCCAACGACACGUGGAGAAUUGUACACUGUCAUUUAUUCAUCUGAAUGGUUAUCUUGCUAUUUCUACACUAAGUGCUUUAACCUUCUGAACAUCAUUCAAGUUUUUCUGUGAAAUACAAAUGCAACGGUUUCUGUAAGUUAGAUGUCAUCCAGCUACUUGCAAAGUGAAAAACUAUUGUAUUUGGAUGUCCAGCCAAGCCUGGAUAGCCAAGUAGCCUACGUCCUUUAACUGCUGUGUAAACUUCUCUGGAACCCAGUAGGCACACAGAUGUACGAUGAAACAUCCUGAGUGACUAUGCUGCAACCAGAAGGAAAUGCUAUAUUGCUUAUCAAAAGAAAAAAAUUAAUGUAGCCAACCAGGUAUUACUGUAAAAAAUGCAAAAUAAACAAGCUAAAAAAUGGAGAAAUGAAAGAUUAUCC